UACAGAGCCAAGUUUAACGAAUAUACAUUCAUCUUAGGAGACUCGAACGUAGUAUAUUCCUAUCGACUGCCCCGCUAGUUUGAUGCUUUCAGAUUCAAAAGGGGAUUGAAUCCCCACCCUGCCGGGUGCUCCUAUUGUAAAGAGUAAUCUUCCCUCUGCAAGCCCCGCGGCCAAGAGUAAUUCUGUCAUAUUUACUGCCUAUUCAGUAAUCAUAUAAUAAUAAUCUCUCUAAUGGCCGAGCAAGAAGAAGACCGCACAGCUUCUGCAGUCGCAAAGCGCAAUAAGCAAUCUCCUUCGUUUGUGGAGGUGAUCUGCCACCGCACAGACAGGAGAUGGAGAUUCGCUGCCGGGACGGAGGCUAAAUUUUCCGUCAGAAUGAUAAAUAGCAAGCUGGAAUCCAGAUUUUCUCUGCCGCCAGGAACGCACAUAGAAGCGGUAAAAGAUGGGGAAGAGCCCGUAAUAUUCGGCCCCAAUUCGGUUCUCGUCAAUUACGGCGAUGGAUGGACACUACGGACGGCUUCUGACGCCAUUGGUUUUGGAAGCUCUACGAAGGAGAACAUGGUAGUGAUGGGACAAGCAUAUAAUCCUGUGACAACGGGAUCUGGUGAUAGCCAAUUUAAGAAGAGGCCCCCACAAGCUAUAUCCUUGACCUUAUACAUGGGAAAGAUAUUGCUUGCAUUUAUAUUUAUAUUUUUGUUAGGUGCAAUGUUCACAUUGAUUUUGGAAAGCCUUCCAAAGCUCGUCGAGUAUCACGAACGAAAUAAAGAAACCAAGUGAAAAAAAUUCUUUCCUUCACGUGUUAAUGCAUUUCACAAACAAAUCCUGCUGUAAGAAUGUAUCAAGAAUUAUUUGUUUGUAUAAAUUGAUAGUGUGAUUAUCAUUCUCUUGAAGAAAUCCCC